AUGACAUUCAGAAAUAUUAGACUAGUUGUUCUCCUUGCUGCUACUAUCGCUUAUGCAUCAGCGAUCAAUAUUAAACUCUCCAUGAUUGAAUUAAAAAAUCAAAGCAAUACCAUCUGUGCUAUGGUUGGUGGUUGCGACUAUGGAUGUGAAUCACUCUCCACAUUGCCCCUAACUCUUAUCAAAAGAAACUCUACGGGCUGCAAUGGCCUCGUUGCUCAAUUUUUCUCUGAUACUUUCGACUUGGUUAAUGGUUCGGCUUCUCCUUCUUUGAACAUCAUGAAUACUACCAUACCCUGUACUUUGAAAGGUUCUGCCAUCAACUCUGGAAGUACUACACGACGGUUCCAUUGUGUCUUCCCUUUUUCGCACCAUGACCAUUCACCAAAAAACAUUACUUCUUCCGUGCUACCUAUGGUACCAUCUGUUUCUACCUCUACUAUUGUCUCCAAAACUGCCUCUGCCACUAAAUCUGUCAUUAGUUCUGCCACGAACUCUGCGAUGGCCUUUAAUACUGUCUCCAAUACCAAUGUUACUGCUGGUAACUCAACUUCUACAAUUAAUGUCAACUGCACAAACUCUGCCAGCUAUUCCUCUGGUAGGCCAAGCGGCAUUCGCAUUCAAACCAAGAAUUAUCGUCAUAAAUGCACGCAAAGAACUUGUCAAAACAAGGAGCAUAGCGCUCAAUCAAAGAAAUGUUGCCCUUGA